GGGCACCAUAAGCUUGCUUCUACAGCUUGGACAUCCAGGCUGUUUCUAGAUCAUGAGCAAGAGGUGGAGAUUGUUAAAAGCGAUCCUUAAGGUUGUCUCUCGUGGACACUCGGUUCGUCCAUAUGACGGACAAGUUCCACCAGCACUUGAUGCACCGUCCUCGUGCGAGCUGCCUAUCGAAAUCAUUCAAUACAUCUUCCGUCAUCUUACAACUCCAUUUUACCCCAACGCCUUCGGGGACAGACAGCAGCCAGCGUUUCCUGCUUAUAGUACUGAAGGUCUCAAAGGCAUGGAACACUGUGGGGACGAAGAUGUUGUAUUCCAGGCCUUUCUUGAUUUCCCACUGGAGAGUGCAAUCGUUCGCGCGCACCCUCGCUUCGAACCUGUCGCUUGGCCGUUUGGUGAAGGACGUAUAUGUUCUUUUUCAAAGUCGGCAUAUAUAUGCGACAAAAGUGUCCGAUACUCAGAUGGAAGCCUUGGAUAUCGUCACUCGCUUUGAUCUCAUCCGAGCGUUACGUCUCUGCCCGUCCUUGCAGACCCUUGCAAUCAGCAAUCGCUCUCGUUUGCACCCUGUGAUAUAUCCCGUCGAUAAGGUGUUUGUGGACGCAUCGCGCAUCGGCAGAAGGCUUCGCAAACUCACGAUCCAUGGUUGCCCCUCCAUCUUCUCGGCUUAUUUCCGACCUAUACUUUCUGAGGAUGCCUCACUUCCACAACUCAUGACCUUGUGCCUUCGAGAGAUUUGUAUCAUUGAUGGGUUUCAAUUCCUAUUACUACGUAGACUGCACACCCUACAAAUAGCCCAAAGCUAUCGAUGGCCGCAAAAUACAGAUCGCGUCCCCAAUUUGACCUUAUCCUCAGCCGUCAUGCCCAUGUUAACAACGUUGGAAGUCUACGAAAACUCCUUCAUCACCAGACUGGAUGUCAACGGUAUGCGACGAUUGAGGCGUUAUCACUGCCUCGGGCGACCUUCCGUGGCAUCUUUCCCUGAUAGAAACGUCACGGCCAUUCUCGACGGUUUGCGGCACCUUAUGACAGCAGGAUACCUUAUGGAGGAAUAUAAUAAGGAUAACGUCCAAUGGCACCUUCUGGAUCGACUCGAAUCCUUGGUCCUUGUCAUUGAUCCUCAGACUCAAUAUGCUCUGGCUGGUUUGAGAGACCUCAUCAUGAAAACGGAAAGCGAUGGAAGAAACAUCGUCUCUCUGACGGGAUUGGUCCUGUUAGCAGAUUUGUCCGUGCCAAAUCAAGACAUCAUUUUAAGUAGUCCUGCUUUCGGCGACCUUCGCUCCCUGUGUACAUCACGAAACAUUAACUUGCAAGUUGAUCUAAGUGGUCUGAAUGAUUGGAUUACGCGUCGGCUCGUAGGACAACUUGAACAUUCCCACAUGGCAUGAAAAAGCCUGAUGAAAGGUUGACGUGAUCUUUUGUGGAUAACUCUUCUACCCAUUCUAGCACCAUGUUUUUCUUGAAAAUUUAGAAUCUAGCCUGAAGUUAUUCAAAUGAAUCCACCACUGUCAUGAAACUGAGCAGGAAAGAAAGAACCGAGGAUCUUGGAAAGUUUUCUGCUCGAUUUCAGAGGCAAUCCAGCUAGUAGCACCUGUUGUACUAAUAGUAAAGAGGAUAUGGUAUG